AUGCGAGGAUGCGCCGGGCACUCGCAAACUGCAAAGCGGCCACCUGGCUGUCGCCCACGUCUCGGAACCCGACGCCUCGACGCGUGGGUUUUGUCAGGCAACCCUUCUUCGUUCUCUUCUCAUAGUUUCCAAGCCGUGUCGCAUCCGCCCAUCGCGUCUCCUUCCUCCGGCUCGAUUUGCUCCUCCUUCCCUUCGUCGUUCCUCGCGCCGGCUUCAGCAGACUUAGUGUCGCGUCUCUCGGCUCGUCAGUCGCUUCUUGCCUUUCCCCCGUCUCGUGUCACUGAGGGUUCUCUCUCUCCCCCUCGUCGCGGGGGCCGAGCCGAGCUCUCUUCUCUUUCUCCUGCCGCGUCGUGCUCCGCUCCUUCCACGUCUUCCUCGGCGCGCUCUCUCGCCCUGUUUCCCCGUCGGUUCGCGUCUCUGCGGCCGUUCGGCCUUUCGCCGCUGUCGCCGAGCCAGGUGAAGAGCCGCGCGCAGUCGCUGCUCGAGCGGCUGCAGACCAUCGCGACAGGUGACACAGGGGCGGGCUGCUGCGCAGCGAAGCGAGGGAAGCAGACCGAGAUGGAGAGCGAGAAGGGGGAGACAGAGAGCGGAGACUGGGACACGCCACAGGCAGUUGACGACGACCUCCAGUUUCUUCUCGACAAUCUCUCCGUUUUCUCGCCCUCGGACCUCCUUCUUCUCCUCGCCGCCCUCGUGCGGUGGACGGAAAAGGUGGUCCUCUGUUCCGCGUCCGUGGCUUCAGGGCGAAGUCCCGCGCCUCUCGCGUGCGCUCCGCCGCCCACAGUCGCGCCGCUGAUGCGGGAGAUCGUCGCGCGACUCGGCACCCAGCUGGCGCUUCUUCCCAACUUCCCGGAGUCUGUGCUCCUGUGCGGGGACUUGGUUCUCUCCAGUCCGGUGCGAGACGCGCCGCGGUUCUGGGAAGCGUUCUUUCGCGUUUUCCUCUCUUCUGCGCAGGCGAAACCCGCAGGGGGUGUGCGAAUCCACGGCAGCAGCCCGGUCCUGUCCGCACCGCAACUCAUGCAUGUGCUGGCUUUCCUCGCCACGAGUCGGCGGCGAAGACGCGGAGACGCGCGGCGGGAAAUGCCGGAGAUGUGCCUCAGAACAGACGGAAGGAAAGGGGAAGACGGAGCGGACGUGGGUGCGCGUCAGUCGUUGGGAGCAGCAGCGGAGGCGACCGCUUUCGAGGCGAGAACGGUCGCGGACGGGAGCGGAGACACGCUCCACGACUCAGCAGGCUCCGGUUUAACAGCGUCGAGGGCUCGUCUCCCCAGCCGCGUGACGCCGUCAGCGGAGGAAGCAAACGGAGAGGAGAGACACCCAGAAACAGAACGGGAGUUUGCCAAGGGACAGGAAGGGAAAGAAGUUGAUGUCGGGCGUGAGGAAACCGGUCCCGGAGAUUCGGCUUCUCUCGCCCCGCCCUCCGCAACAGCCUCUCUUGCCUUCUCUUUAUGGGCUUCUGCAAAAGCGCACCGCUCGACGCGGCAAGAAGAGGCGCUGCUUGACCGCCUUGUCGCGGCGAUCUGCAGUCGCCUGGCCGUGCACACCGUGCUCGAGACACUCAACCCGGCAGCCGUCAUUCGCCUCCUCCGUCUGCUGGCCGACCUAAAAGCAAAACACGUGCCUCUCCUCACGGAAAUCGCUGCACUCCUCAAGCCUCUCUGUCCAGCUGACACCGGACGCGCGGCGGCGCCGGCGAGGAAGACGCCUGGCGGGACAGGCGCCGUCGCCUCCAGAUCGUCUCUUUCCCCCGCCGAGCCGAUUUCGCGCACUGACGGUCACCCGCUGGACGACGAGCAGUUCGUCGCUCGCGUCCAGGCAUGCGGGUUGAACGCGCUCUUUCGGCCGGCGGACUUGGUUGUCCUUUUCGUCUCCUUUGCGGCUCUCGAGGCGCACGAGUUCCAGUCCCUUCUGCGAGGCGCUGCGGAUGUUUUGUCCGUCCAUGUGCGCGAGCUCUCGCUGCCGUUGAUGGUCGCGGCCCUCGACAGUUGUUCGCGCCUCAACUUCUAUCCACAGCGGCUAGCCGAGGCGCUUCUGCGCAGUCUGCCGCCGGAGCUUUUGAAAGUCCACGAAGGGCAGGAAGGCGCAUGCGGCGAGAGGGCUCGGCGGGGAAGCACGGAAGAGAGGAACCCGAGUGAAGAAACAAGGACGGAUGGACGGCGAACCGCGUUGGCCCCGCGCAGCGCCUCUCGCAUCUCUCAGCCUUCUCGUCCUGUAGUCUCGCGGUCCCCCGCUGGGUCGCUUCCGGCGGCGGAGCGACGCCGAGCCGCAGAAGCUGUCCCUGUCCUGCUGAAAGCUCUGGCCCGGCUGAAUGUUCGGCACAAAACCACUGUGAAGGCGGCCCUCUGGAGUCUUACGCAACCCUGCGACCAGGCGACUUCAACGUCCUCGCCGGCCGCUUUGUCGUCCGCAAGCAGUGCGUGCGCUUCCACGUCCCACGCGCGCCCGUCCUCGCUGGGGUUCAGCGACUCCAGUGGAGGACGCGGCCGCACGCCCCGUGAGGCUCCAAGCGAGGACGGUCCUUACAGCGAGGAGUCUGAAGGCUCUGCCCGGUCGAGAGCCGCCUCAACGGAGAGCGCACCCCGCUUCGUCCCGAGUUCCGCAGCGCCGCCCCAGUCGCCAAAAGACACCGCCGCACUGGUUUACGCUCUCUAUCGCCUUGACGUCUGGGAUCCGCAUGCCAUCCGCAGCUCCUUCGCUCGCCUGGAGCGCCUCGGCGGUGCACAGCUCUUGGCACUGCUCGGUCUUAAAGGCUGCGCCAACGUCCUGCUCGCCGCCUCGUACUUCUCGUGCGCGGGUCCGACGCUCUACGACGAAAUUCUCCCACACAUGCUGCCCAUGGAGGCGAAGCUGACGAAGGAAGGAGUAUCACAACUGAAGAUCGUCGAGCUUGCUUGCAGAGUCGGCCACCUCCCUUUCUCCUUCAAGACGCUCUCGGCUGCCUCGCGCGACCUGCUUCUUCGCAUUCGCUCUUGCGACUUGGAACCCGAAGAAGUGUGUGUGUCGGGUUUGCAGAGGGAAGUCUCCUCGACUGCGCGAACGGUCGGCUACCACUGUUUCACCGAGGUUCAAGUCGGCCCAUACACGCUGGAUUUCGUGAAGCCGGUGACCCAGGAAGACUUGGCCCAGAUGGCGAUGGAGGAGGAAGCGAGGAAAUCCAUUCCAGGCUUUCGACGGCCUCUUCGCCACAUCGACGAUCCCUUCGAGCAUGAGCUGGACAUCAAGGGUGUCGUCCUCGAAGUGGAUGGCCCCCAGCACUUUUAUCGAGACUCCUUCCAUUGGACUUCUGCGAGCAAGCUGAAACAUCGCCUUUUGACCGGACUGGGAUUCCGUAUUGCCCACGUGCCCUACUUUGACUGGUUAGAGCUUCAUACCGAGGAUGUUCGGCGAGUCUAUCUCAGGUGCGCUCUGGAACGGGCCGAGUCCCCAUUGGAGGGAGACGACCUUGAACGCUGGGCCUCGCGCGCUGCAUCGCGCGGCCUUCAAGAUGAAGCCCUAGGGAGGAAGCUCUUCUCAGAAGAAUCCGCUGUUCCAGCAGGCUUGGCCUUUGAAAACGAGAGAAAGUUUGCGAGAAACUUGCAGCAAACAACAGAGGAGAGCAGGCGAGACCAUGUGACAAUGUUGAUGACUGACAAUGGAAAUUCGGCUUCUACACUUGUCGAGGGGAAGAAGGGGGUAUGGCACGCCACAGGCGAGAACGGAGUAAACAGAGGAACACUCAAAGACGUGGGAGGCAGCAACGCAACUGCCUUAAUGCUGGAUCAUGGAAGCAAAGGCGCAAUCGAGAAAGCGAGACAAAUUACGGGUACUUUGUCCUUUGCACAGGCCCCGUUUCUGAGCGUGCAUGAGCGAAGGCUGCUGCAUGAAAAGAAACACGGAGAUGCAAUAAAAAGCAAAAAGAUCGCGUUGGCCAUCUAUAAGAGGCAGAGGGGCCAGAAGCGGCGGGAGGAAAAAGAGGAGCGACGAAGAAAAAUCUUUGCACUCCAGAAUGACGCUCGUAACUAUAAGGUCGGGCCUACGUAG